CUCCGCCUCAGCGCCCCACUGGGUGCUGCCAAUCUCCAGGUGGGAAGGAGCGGGGGACCCCAGAUGGGCGCCCCCUAGUGUGCCUCUGGGCGUCCCCCGGCUCCGCGCCCCACUUUGUUUUUCAGGUGCUGGGGCUAGAGAGUCGCCCUGAAGCCGUUCACUUCUUAUCUCCCUCUGUUUCAGGUGAUUCUGACCCAUCCUUUGCCUCUCCGCGGCUGAGCCCCGCUCCAACCUGGUCUGGGGAAGGUCCGGAAGGGGACGAACAAUUGACGCCCUGGUGAGACCGUUAGCCGCCUCACCCCACAGAUAACACCUCGGGACAGUAAAUGACAGCGCUGCAGCUCAUACUGUAUGGUCAGAAAUCCAAAUUUGGGAAGCUUAUUCAUUUUCAGGACUAGCCGGAGGAAACAAGGAUAUUAAAAAUACUGUUGUCUGAAGGCUGAAGGAAAUUCACAAUGAUUUAGGCCUUUUCAAGUGUUAGAAAUAAUCUGUGAAGCAUGCAUGUACUUUAUGUACCCUUCACAUUUUAGCACUCCACGUGCCGCUGCUGCACGUUUCAAUUAAUCGUUCAAACUAAAGUUUUUCUCUUUAAGUGGUUAUUACUUUGGCAUGAAUUUUAAAGGAGGGAUGAGAGAUUUUCUUGUUUGGACGCCUACCUACCUUUGACAUCUAAGAGCUCAACAUUUACUGAUGAAACAGAUUUUGAAGAUGGAAAGGCACUCAAUUCAAGCUAGCACUGGAGCAGGAAAUGAGGUAGACUCUCCCACUGUGAAUUUGAAGUACUCCAGCUUCAGAGACUUUUGUCCCACGUCUUCACUUCAAGAUAGUGGCUAUAGUGAGUUAGUAAAAUCUUGCAGAUUUGAUAAUGCAGAUAAAGAAUUUUUUGGAAAGAAAGAAGGAGGCUCAACAUUAAUCCAUGAACACCCUGAAACUUCAAGUCUGGGCUUAACACAUCCUUUAGAGUCUCCCACUCAAAAAAAGAGAUUUAUCUUCCCUUGGAAGGAGAAGGAGAAAACCCCAGAACUUUGUGAAACUCCUAAAGUCAGUGGAAAAAAAUUUUUACUGCGCAGGAAGUUGAAUCUAUCUUUUGCUCUUCUACAGGGGGAAUCUGAAUCACAAAAUAGUUCUCUAGAAAGUAGUGUAAGCCAAGUUCUCAAUGUAGAAAAAAAUAUUCCAAGCAGUGCUUCAGGGUUCCCAAGGCAAAAUAAUUUUAGUCCUUUAGUUACCAGCACUUUAAAAACAGAAGAAGCUACUUCCAGCAGUCAAAAAUUGAGACUUAAUUUUUCACAACAAAAGACUUCCACAAUAGAUGAUUCCAAAGGUGACUGUAGCCUAUUUGAAGUUGAAUGUAUAUCUCCAAUUCAGGGCAAUAGUUUUAAAGACUCUAUGACACAUGACUUCAGUGAUAGCAGUUUAAGUGUUAAUGAUGAGAAUACAUAUCCUGAACUUCUGGGCUCUGUUAGUGGAACAACUUGUGGAACAGAUGAAGACAUAUUUGUGACUCCAAUAAGUAGUCUUGUUGCAAACAUUAAAUUUAAUGCAAGUAAAACACUUUCUCCUUCAACUGAAGUGAGAGGUAAUGCUUCAACACCUGAAGACAGUGGUUUUAAUUCACUUAGCUUGGAUAAAUCAGAAGAUUCCCUCUCUGACCAGGAGGGUUCUUUUCAAGAACUGCUUCAGAAACAUAAGGGAAUUCUCAAAGUAGGAGACACCAUAAGAAAGUCAAGGCGUCUUGGAAGGUCGAGAAGGCUGUCCACCCUUCGGGAACAAGGCUCACAAUCAGAGACAGAAGAAGAAAAGCAGAUUAAACACUCUAACUCUGAAAGCAAAUCAGCAGCUGCUUCAGACAUCUCAGAGAGUCAGCUGAGCUGCGAUAGUAAGAGUGGGGACUUGAUUUUAAGCUUUAAGAAUUUAUCAAAUACCCCAGCUCUGCAAUUAGUACAUGAGCUCAUCAUGAACAGCAAAAGGAAAAGAUUCCAGCAAAACGAUGCACAUGAAUUCCUAGAUGAAAGGGAUGGGGAGAAAAUAGCUGUACUGCAGUGUGUGCUUGCAGGACUGAUCGGCAAGAAAAUGGGUAUAGAAAAACUGGAUAUAUUAACAGAAUUAAAAUACAGACACUUAAAGCAUAUUCUUGCUAUGGUUUUAGAGUCCUUGACUGCAGAAAGCCUAUGCAGUGUUUGGAGAGUAAGCAGAAAUUGGCGUGAAAUUGUUAUUCAAGACAAAAAAGCAAAUCGGAGGAGAAAAUUUUAUGUCACACAAUUGAAAACAGAUUCUGAGGGGGCUAUAUUAAAUGUUGAGGAUGCUGCAACUCGGCUCAACCUUUUAAAUCGAUCAGCUUUAAGAUCUGUGCAAGCACAGGCUAGGACACCAGGUUCUCAGAAAGAACAAGUUCCAACAUUAUCUCCUUGGGGAGAAGUUUUGACACCUAUAGCAAGCUCUUCUGUUACUCCCCUAAGUAGUAAGCAGGAAGAAUAUGUUAAGGUUGCCAAAACACUUUUUAUCGAUGAAGCAUUAAAACCUUGCCCAAGGUGCCAAUCCCCUGCUAAGUACCAGCCAUAUAAGAAAAGGGGACUGUGUAGCCGUACAACCUGUGGUUUUGACUUUUGUGUGUUAUGUUUGUGUGCUUAUCAUGGGUCUGAAGAAUGUAGUAGAGGAGCAGCAAAGCCAAGGAAUAGAAAAGAUACUCUUCCAGGAAGUGCCCAGAGUAAGCGGAAUUUAAAACGCCUCUAAAGAAACUUUAAAUAUAAAGAAGCACUCCCCUUAUGCAAUGUUUUAUUUGUCUGACGUAAAAUUAUGAGUAUUUUGAAAACAUGCAAACCUUCCCAUUAAUGACAGAUGAUGAUUUAUUUCCUAUUUUGUAUAUAUUAUAAUAUAUGUCAUUGUAUGUUUUCUUUAAAGUGAUGAGUUUUGGAAAAUUUUUAUUUUACUGUCCUUUUAACCCAUUUUACUAACUUAGUUUUUUUGAAUAAAGAAUUUUCAAUGUUGUCAUAUGUAUUUUACUGUUUCAUGUAACAUUUUAAAUGUGUACAUUUCACCACUGUGUGUUGAAAUGUUUCUCAAUCAUUUUUUAAAAAUAGUUUUCCAAAUAAUAUUUUAAAAUUUGAAUUUGAGACCACUGAGUUUAUAAAUUUGGGAAAUUACUUGACUCAAAUGAGAUAUAAAUAAAAUUCAGUUUUCAGAAGU